UUGUAUUUCUAUAUAAACCCCAGUACACUUGCACUAAAAAGCUCACAAAAGCACUCAAACAAAGAGAACAAAAAAACACAGUUUGUAAUGGAAACUUUCAAUGUUAUCCCGUUUCCUUACAAUUAUGGCAUAACAAAUGUUCCUACAUUCAGCCCUCCUUUUCAGCCUUACAAUUACACAAGUUUGACAAAUACUAGUUUUACUGAUUUCCCAACUGCUGCUCCUCCUCCUCCUAUCACUACUCCUACCAUCAUCACCACCUCUUCGUGGAUGGAUAGUAGGUUAUGGAGUCGCCUUCCACAACCACUCGUGGAUCGUAUCCUGGCCUUCCUUCCCGUACCGGACUUCUUCCGGGCACGGUCUGUCUGCAAGAGGUGGUAUGGUCUCUUAUACUCCAACUCUUUCCUUCAACUUUACCUCCAUGUCUCCCCUCGACAGCAUUGGUUCAUCUUUUUCACCCACAAAACACCUAACACAACCAACAUUUAUCGAAACAACAACCUUGAUGAUGGAGAAGGAGAAGGAGAAGGAGAAGGAGAAGGAGGAGGUAUUGUAUCAUCAUCUAGAGCUUAUCUAUUUGACCCGUACGAGGUGAAAUGGUACACAAUCUCCUUCCCUAUUAUACCAUUAGGGUUUUCGCCUGCUACCUCCUCUGGUGGUUUGGUUUGCUGGGUAUCUGAUGAACCAGGAUUAAAAAACCUCUACCUCCACAACCCAGUAGUAGGGUCAGUGACCCAACUACCGCCCACUCGCCGGCCUCGUCUUUUCCCUUCAGUAGGACUGUCUGUUACUCCAUCAUCUGUUGAUCUGAUUCUUGCAGGGGACGACAUGAUCUCCCCUUACGCUGUCAAAAAUCUUACCGCUGAGACCUUCCACAUCGACUCUAACGGUUUCUAUUCCGUGUGGGACACUACUUCCCCCCUCCCAAGGCUUUGCAGCCUUGAGUCAGGUCAGAUGGUUCAUUCUCAUGGCAGAUCCUACUGCAUGAACUACAGCCCCUUCAGUGUCUUAGCCUAUGACGUUUCCUCCAACGCUUGGUGGAAGAUCCAAGCUCCCAUGAGAAGGUUCUUGAGGUCCCCAUGUCUUGUUGAGAGCAACGGGAACAUCAUCCUAGUUGCCGCUGUCGAAAAGAGCAAGCUUAACGUCCCCCGGAGCCUCAGGAUGUGGAUCCUACAAGGUUGUGGGACCCAGUGGGCUGAGAUCGAAAGGAUGCCGCAGCAGCUCUAUGCUCACUUUGAACAACUGGAAGAGGGAAGAGGGUUUCAUUGUGUUGGAAGUGGUCACUUUAUUAUAAUUAUGAUUAAGGCUCUCAUUAACAAGGGAUUAUUGUUUGAUAUUCACACAAAAAGGUGGAUUUGGAUGCCGUCUUGUCCACGCAACGCCAACUUAUCAGGUGAGAUUAACGUUAAUUCUGAUGCUAAUUUCCAAGGGUUUGCUUAUCAACCAACGUUGGCUGCUCCUGCUACUGCAUUAGUUCACCAAUUAGCUACCUCUUCUCUUUCAGCUUUUUAAUCUGUUGUAAUUAUUAGUUAAUUAAAUAUAUGCUUAAUUGGUGAUCCUUUCGUGGUUAAUUAAGUUUCUAAUCUAUGUAACUUUCUUAGUUUUAGUGUUAAGUGUUAACUAUCAUAAUCUAUGGCUUAUCGCAACGAUUAUAUAGUAUGUUUGUGACAUCAUGUAUGAUAUAUCAAAAGUAAGUUAAUGUGUGUUUAUUACCGCUUAAUUAUGUUGUUCAUAUGCA